AAAAAAAAAAAAAAAAAUCCCAAAUCCCAACAAAAAAAAAAAACAAGGUGACAAAGAACAGACGCACACGCGGCACACAGAUACCGAUUUAUAUAAAGAGCGAAAAAGCCAACCCCAAACCCAAUCAAGACGACACCGUUUCAUCUUCAUCGCCUACCUCCCUUGUUUUUCCCAUCUGCUACUGUUGGAUGAGCUUAUAGUUUUAUACUUUGUGGUUUGAGAGUGGAAAUUGCUAAUUUCCUCACAUCUAGUGGUGCCGAGUAAUUUAAGUUGUUCAUUACAAGUUGACGAGUCUUUAGGAAAAGAUAACAUUUGUUUCAGCAAAGUUGGGACUGGGAUGUAAACACAGUAUACUUGUUAUACAAGUCUAUGUUUUCCUUAUUCCUUACUGGGUUGGUGGACUUAGAUGGGUGUUCCCUCAACGGAACUACAUUGUGAAGGAACUGAUACUUGUCCAUUAUUGAUGGAGCGACCAGAACACACGGAUAGUAGUGAGCACAUUAUUGACAUAACUGGGAGUGAUAAUGCUUCCCCAUCUAGCUUGCCUCAUGAUAGACAUUCUAAUACCAUAAAUGCAUCACAACUUGAAGACAGACCUUCAAGUAUCGUGAGAGCUCCCAUUUCUCAACCCACAAUUUCUUCCACGAAUGGAUCAAAUUCUAGGAAUUCCUCAUUCAUAAGGAGAGGGGAAGCCCGUCGGCGUAGGAGUCCUUUGAAUUCUGGGUUAUGGAUAUCUAUUGAACUAGUUCUCACUGUGAGCCAGAUUGUUGCAUCUGUUGUUGUUUUGUCUGUGUCAAGGAAUGAGCAUCCACAUGCACCAUUGUUUGCAUGGAUUGUCGGAUAUGCAUCUGGAUGUGUUGCCACCCUCCCACUUCUUUAUUGGCGCUAUCGUCAUCGUAACCAGGCUUCAGAGCAAGAUUCGUCUCAAGCCCGUCAGGCUUCUUCUCAGAUUAAUGUUCCUGCAGGGCCAUUUUCUCUGUCUGUUACUAGGAAUGCAGAAGGAGAAAAUCUUCAGUCUGCUGUUGGAUCCCCUGGAAGCAAUCAACAUUCAGGCAUAUUGAGUGCAAGCAGGAUCAAGGUACUAGUGGAAUACUUUAAAAUGGCCUUGGAUUGCUUCUUUGCGGUUUGGUUUGUGGUUGGCAAUGUAUGGAUCUUUGGAGGUCACUCAUCUGCUGACGGGGCUCCUAAUUUGUACAGGUUAUGUAUAGUGUUUCUUACCUUCAGCUGUAUUGGAUAUGCUAUGCCCUUCAUUUUAUGUGCUACAAUCUGCUGUUGUCUGCCUUGUAUAAUUUCCGUCCUUGGGUUUAGAGAGGAUCUGGGACAGACUAGAGGUGCCACCACUGAAUCCAUUGAUUCUCUUCCAACAUACAAGUUCAAGUUGAAGAAAAGUAGAAGUGGUAAUGAUAGAGAAAGCAACUCAGGUGUCAAUGAAGGUGGAGUUGUGGCUGCAGGAACUGAAAAGGAGCGCGUGAUCUCUGGGGAAGAUGCUGUUUGUUGCAUCUGCUUGGGAAAAUAUGCAAACAAUGAUGAGCUAAGAGAGUUGCCAUGUUCCCAUUUUUUCCACAAAGAGUGUGUCGACAAGUGGUUGAGGAUCAAUGCGUUAUGUCCCCUUUGCAAGAGUGAGGUGGGUGGGAGCCUUUUGGGUUCACUCUCUGGGGCUAAUGGCAGCCAAAAUCGGGGUUGAAAUCAGGAUAGGGAAUGGCUUGGUGAGCGAUGAUCUGAAAGGCUAUAUAAUUUGACCGAUGAGACUAAUAUCCAUAUGAACUGCUGCUUUAUGCACUUCCAGAUGGAUGGAUGGAUGAAUGGCCAAAUUCCCCAUUUUAUUCUUUCAGCUUGGUUUUUCCCAGACCCCGUUUUGGAUGAGAUGUAGCUUUUGCUAGAUAAUGGAAAUUACCUCUGGCAGCCUCUGCUUUACAGCAUCAAGCAGUAGCCAUAAGGAGCACUUUUAUCUCUCAGUAAAAAUGAAAAUGAUAUUAUGUAAUUAUGAUAGGGAUGUGUAGAACAGACUUGUCGCAAGAUGGUAAUAGAUUGUUUCCUGCUUAUAUAUUUAUUUUCCUAUAAA